AAUCCCAGAACACGAAACUCUCUCUCUCCUUCCUCUCUCUCUCUCUCUCUAAAAUCCAGCCCCUGUAGAGAGAGAAACAUCUUCAUUUUUCUCCGGUGAAUAUUUGUUUAUUUAUUCUCUCUCUCUGCUACACAUUUCCCGAGAGAGCAGUAAUCUGAGAAGUGAAAAGUACACAGAAGAAGAAGAACAGCUCAAUUUCACUCAGCCGCCUGCCCGCCCGCCGGCGGUUAUUCGAAUCAGUUAACCAACCGGAGAAAAGCUGCCUCCGGCAAUGUUGAAGUUCCGGCCGGUUUUCUGCUUGUUUUCGUUUCUCCUUCUUUGCUCGUCGUCGGUUUUGGUUUCUGCUCAAAGAUCUAGAACCAGAGGCAGCCCAUGGCAAACGCUUAGCGGUAAUGCUCCUUUGGUCAUAGCGAGAGGUGGAUUUUCGGGAAUAUUCCCCGAUUCGAGUUUAUAUGCAUAUUCACUAGCAGUACAGACAGGUCUGCCCAAUUUACACGCGUGGUGUGAUGUUCAGCUCACGAAAGAUGGAGCUGGAAUCUGCUUCCCCGAUUUGCGUCUUGAAAACGCUUCGGACAUUGACAACAUAUACAAAAACCGUCAAAAGACGUAUGAUGUCAAUGGUGUCUCAACUCAAGGAUGGUUUUCUGUCGAUUUUACCCUCGAGGAACUAGCACCUGUAAACAUGAAGCAAAGGAUUUUUUCUCGCGCCCCAAAUUUCGACGGUACUCUAAUGCAAAUUCUUACAGUUGAUGAUGUAGUUAGCCAAACAAAACCAUUUGGCUUAUGGCUAAACAUACCGCACGAUGCAUUUUUCGGACAACAUAAUUUGAGUAUGAGGGGCUUUGUUCUUGCUGUAUCUCGAAGAGUGAUUGUUGAUUACAUUUCAUCGCCUGAGGUGGGAUUCCUGAGGAGCAUUGCAGCAAGAUUCAGAACGGGCCGCACAAAGCUCGUGUUCCAGUUUAUGCAGCCCGAUGACGUGGAGCCCACAACCAACCAAACAUAUGGCUCGCUCCUGAAUAAUCUUACAUUGAUCAGAACCUUUGCCUCGGGAAUAAUUGUCCCUAAGUCUUACAUAUUGCCAGUUGGCAAAGACCAGUAUUUGCAGAAUUCCACCUCGCUCGUGGUGGACGCUCACAAGGCUGGUCUAGAAGUUUUCGCAUCGACUUUUGCUAAUGAUGCAGCUUUUGCGUACGAUUACAGCUACGAUCCUGUGAAUGAGUAUCUCUCGUUCAUUGAUAAUGGCAAAUUUUCUGUUGAUGGUGUGCUGUCUGAUUUCCCAAUCACUCCAUCUGAAACUAUAGAUUGCUUCGCUCACUUGGGCAAAAAUGACACCGUUCAGUCAAAUAUUUUGGUUAUCUCGAACGAGGGAGCAAGUGGUGACUAUCCUGGUUGUACAGACAAGGCAUAUGAGAAAGCUGUAUCGGACGGUGUAGAUAUUCUCGAUUGUCCUGUCCAAAUAUCGAACGAUGGAGUACCUUUUUGCUUGGGAUCUAUCAAUCUCAGGGAAAGAACAAAUGCUGCCCAAUCAGACUUCAGCAAUCUUGCGAUAACUAAUCCGGACCUUAACAUAGAGGAUGGAAUUUUUGCCUACAACCUGACAUGGACCCAAAUUCAGACAUUGAUACCUGCUAUUUCAAAUCCCUAUUCGAAUUUUUCGCUGUUCCGCAAUCCAAAAAACAGAAAUUCGGGGACCUUAAUGCAGUUAUCUGAUUUUUUGGCGUUCGCGAAUACCGCACCUUCUGUCUCUGGAGUCUUGAUCAGCAUUGAGAAUGCUGCCUACCUAGCACAGAAGCAAGGCUUAGGUGUAACCGAUGCAGUUUUGGAAGCCCUAAGCACAGCCGGUUAUAACAAUCAGACCACCAAAAAAAUAAUGAUAAAAUCCAGCGAAAGUGCAGUGCUCACAAAAUUCAAGAGCACAACCAAUUACGAUCUCGUUUAUCUCAUCGAUGAAGAUAUUCGAGAUAUUUUGAACUCCACCAUUUUGCAGAUUAAAAAAUUCGCUAGCUCCGUGGUUAUUUCGAAAAGAUCUGUUUUUCCGACAGAGAGGGCAUUUCUAGUCGGAGAAACGCCUGUUGUUCCGAAGCUGCAGGCAUUUAAUCUUACGGUGUAUGUGCAGUUCUUCAGGAAUGAGUAUGUUUCUCAGCCUUGGGAUUUUUUCUCCGACGCGUAUGUAGAGAUUAAUACACAUGUAUCGUACAUGGAAAUCAACGGUGUAAUAACUGACUACCCUGCCACCGCUGCUAGAUACAAAAGGAACCGUUGUUUAGGGUACAAAGACAUCCCGUUAUACAUGACACCCGUCCAGCCUGGCGGUCUUCUUACACUGAUGACAAGUCAGUUCUUGCCUCCAGCCGAGGCUCCAAGUCCGGUCCUGACAGAGGAUGACGUGGCCGAACCUCCCUUGCCAGCUGUCAUCGUGAGGCCCAACACCACAGAAACGGGCCCCGGCACCACAGCACCGGGUCCCACCCCGGCUAACGGGGGGCCGCGUACACUCAUUGCCAGCACAAUCCUAUGUGGCAUUGCUAUUCUUCUUACAACCUUUGUUCUAUGCUGAGGGUUAGUAAGUAUAAAUUAUGCCCCCCGACCCCAUUUUGUUAUUGUUUAUAUCGUCGAAUUUGUCUGGAUUCGAGCUACUACUUCUGACAGAGCUUGUUCGGAUUAUUAUGUAUUUUGAGAAACUUUUGUAGGUAAUUUUUGAUUCUUUUGCAGUGUAUUUUGUUUGUUCUAAUUAUUGGGAUAUAUAUCUGUAUUUUGUAAUUUGUUUUUUCAUCGUUUUACGUCGAUGGUAUUGUUCUAUCGUUUCCGUGUUGUAAAUUCCGUUUACUGUGUGGAGACAUUCUUUUGAAACUUCUAAUAAUGUUUUCGACUCUCGUGGUUGUGUGGAGUCGAGAAUGAAAUCGAAUGUGAUACUCGCUUGGUUGGUCA